GACAUUUUCUUUCAACCUCUGGUGAUCCUGGGAUGCCUAUUCAUACUUAAGUUUGGAGGCCUAUGUGAAUGGACAGGAACUGUCAUUAAGUAGGAUGAUUGUGGAGGCCUGACCAUUUUGUGGAGUGUUCCUGUGUGUUAGUACUCUGUAGGUAUUUUCUCUGGGACUGUUGAAUUUGCCCAGAUUGAAAUCUAACUGUUGCUUGCCUGAGGGUUGUUAAGAUUUCAGGGAGUUAAGUUGGGAAAGAAGGCUGAAGAUUUCAGUAUCUAUUAUGCAGAUUUACAGCUUAAUGCCCUGUUUUCAGUAAGGCUCUUUGCCCUUGCUCUCAGCUAAAUCUGAUGUCUCUAAAUCCAGAACUAUAGAGGUAUAGUUCAACUUUUUCAGAGUCAACCUCCAGUCUUUUUAACGUAUGUGGUGGUUUUAAUACGUAUAGCAAAUUUUUUUUUUUAAUUUUCUCUUUGAGAGGUGUGCUAUAUGUCCACUUCCCUUGUAUCUUAACUAACUUUAAUAGCUAGCUUGUAACCAAUAUGCAGCAGAAGUAACACUUAGUGACUCCUGAGGCCAGGUCAGAAGAGGCCAUGUAGCAUCUGCCAGCUUCCCUUGGGACAUUCUCAUUAAGGGAAAUGAGCUGCCAUGUAAGAAGUCUGACUAUCCUGAGGUGGUCAUAUUGUCGUAGGUGUUCUCAGCUGGAUUCCCAGCCAGCUACCAGCAUCGCCUACUACUGCGAUUGAGCUUUUGCAUGACUUACUGCCCAAGGCAAUACUGUGUGCAAUAAGAGAAACCGCAAGUGAGAGCUGCUGAGUUGAGCCCUUCCUGUAUUGCAGAAUCACAAAAUCAUGAGCAAAAUAUGAUUGUUUCAAGCCACUAAAUUUUGGGAUAAUUUAUUAUGUAGCAAUAAUGUAGUAACCGGAAUACCGGGGCAGGGUAGGGGAAAAGCAGUUGCCAAGCUGUCUUAAGAAGGUGAGGUGAUGAGAUCUGUAAACAUACUUUCACUCACUUCUACUGUUUUCAGCCCUAGCCUGCACCCACAACUUCACAGGUGUUUGAUGCUUCUAAUUCCUGGGACUUUCCAAGAUUCAUUACUAAACAUGGGUGCCUUUUUGGAUAAGCCCAAAACUGAGAAACAUAAUGCUCACGGUGCUGGGAAUGGUUUACGCUACGGCCUGAGUAGCAUGCAAGGAUGGAGAGUGGAAAUGGAAGACGCCCACACAGCUGUCGUGGGUAUUCCUCACGGCUUGGAAGACUGGUCAUUUUUUGCUGUUUAUGAUGGUCAUGCCGGAUCCCGAGUGGCAAAUUACUGCUCCACGCAUUUAUUAGAACACAUUACUAAUAAUGAAGACUUUAGGGCAGCGGGAAAAUCAGGAUCUGCUUUUGAGCCUUCAGUGGAAAAUGUCAAGAAUGGUAUCAGAACUGGCUUCUUGAAAAUUGAUGAAUACAUGCGUAACUUUUCAGACCUCAGAAAUGGGAUGGAUAGGAGUGGUUCAACGGCAGUGGGAGUUAUGAUUUCUCCUAAACAUAUUUACUUUAUCAACUGUGGUGAUUCACGUGCUGUGCUGUAUAGGAAUGGACAAGUCUGCUUUUCUACCCAGGAUCACAAACCUUGCAAUCCAAGGGAGAAGGAGCGAAUCCAAAAUGCAGGAGGCAGUGUCAUGAUACAGCGUGUUAAUGGUUCAUUAGCAGUGUCUCGUGCUCUGGGGGACUAUGAUUACAAGUGUGUCGAUGGCAAGGGCCCAACAGAACAACUUGUUUCUCCAGAGCCUGAGGUUUACGAAAUUUUAAGAGCAGAAGAGGAUGAAUUUAUCAUCUUGGCUUGCGAUGGGAUCUGGGAUGUUAUGAGUAACGAGGAGCUCUGUGAAUUUGUUAAAUCUAGGCUUGAGGUAUCUGAUGACCUGGAAAAUGUGUGCAAUUGGGUAGUGGACACUUGUUUACAUAAGGGAAGUCGAGAUAACAUGAGUAUUGUGCUAGUUUGCUUUUCAAAUGCCCCCAAGGUCUCAGAUGAAGCGAUGAAAAAAGAUUCAGAGUUGGAUAAGCACUUGGAAUCAAGGGUGGAAGAAAUUAUGGAGAAGUCUGGUGAAGAAGGAAUGCCUGAUCUUGCCCAUGUCAUGCGCAUCUUAUCUGCAGAAAAUAUCCCAAAUUUGCCUCCUGGAGGAGGCCUUGCUGGCAAGCGCAACGUUAUUGAAGCUGUUUAUAGUAGACUGAAUCCACACAGAGAAAAUGACGGGGGUGCUGGAGACCUAGAAGACCCAUGGUAGCCUUAUAAGCCUUCUAAAAUGCUUUUGAUUCUGAAAAUUGGGGGAAAAAACUUUUAAUCACAGUUUUCUUCAAUACAAGGGAAAAAUAUUCUUGUGGAUUCCCAACGUUUUGUGAUACGAGCAGAAAAUCAUUAGCAUUUCCCAUCAUUUGUUCAUAUUUGCGUUUUCUGAUAAUUGCCACUCGUAGCAUUUCCUGUACUACAGUAUUUUUGCCAGCCUCAGGCGUACAGGUUACAUCUGUAUUGAACUUUUGGCCCUAGAAACCCAUGGAGUUAUUUCACCACAGAUCAACAAAUGUGCCUGAGGCAUGGGAAUAUAGCUAGCUGUACUCUGAAGAUAUGUUAUUAUUCUUAUUUUUUUAAAAAACAAAACACACAACAUAUAAGCAUGUAAGAGUAAAGAGUUGUAUGAGAUGUUCCUUUUUCAGCUCACCAAGCUGGAAACCUUUUGCGGCUCUGUGGCUUGGAAUUUCAUUUGAGCAAUUUACUAUAGGAUAUAUGUAUUUAUUAUUAAUUGUUAUUUAAUUUUUUCCAAUUUUACCUGUAUUACCAACUGGGUUCUCCAAUAAUGUUCAAAUUGUAUUGUUGCCUUGUUUCAAGAUAAAGUGUAUUUGGCAAUAAUAAUAUAAACCCUUAUGAAUUUUAUGCAUGUGUCUACCACAUCCUUCAACUUUCACUAGAAAAUCUUUUGAAACCAAAUAGAUUAAUUUAUGGCUAUUUAUAAUUUGCCUUGACAUCUCACUGCUGCAGAUUUUUUAAAAGAUGAAAUUUGCCUUUAUAAUGUAAAUUGUGAUUUUGGUUUUACAUGUGGGUUUCUAUAGUUUUAAUUUUUUCAGCUUUUAAGAGACAAACAAGUUUGUGUAAUUUGGUAUAAUUUUUAAUUGUACGUUAUUUUAAAGGCUCAAAAUACCACAUUGAAAUUCUUAUAAAUACAGUUAAAAUGAUCUAUUUUAGGUCUAAGAAAAUAUUACAGAGGUAUUUUCAUGGGUUCAGUGACCUUUCAUUUUAUAACAUUGGGCACGGUACAGAGUGGCUGUCACAUAGGUACUUGACGAUUUUUCCUUUAAUUCUGUUUUUACAAUAACCUUGAUUUCUUGAAUUCCUUUGAGUUUUGCAUGUAUUAAAUCCAAUUGAUGCAGAACACGAAGAGCAAAAUAUUUAUUGAAAGAAGCAGUUGGGGUAGGAGAAACAAUGAAUGUAUCCAUUUGUACCUGGUUUACAUGUUGUGAAUGCUUCCUAAACAUUUUUCUACAUGUUUAAACUGUGUUGCAGCAGGAUGUAAUUGCCCUUGUGUGUGGUUAAAGUAAUGAGUCAUCAUCUGGUCCUGUGUGAAAUGGAAUUCAUGGUAUUUUCUAUAACAUUUUUCUGAAGCUGUUUCCGGAGAGCCACACAUUUGAAUACAGACAGCUUUCCUGAUCAUUUGAUUCAUUUUGUGCACCGGAUUUUUGGUCUAAAAGAAAUUAUUGCCACAAUAUAUUUUAUUUAUUCUUUAGAUUUUAGCUUUGUAAGUUAAAGUGCUUUACAUGAUGAUGUUAAAAGCUAUUUGUCCCUUUACUGGGUUUGGGGGGGUUGUUGAAAGAUAGGGAAUGAAGAAUGCAAAAUGGUUUAUUGUUCAUAUUGUCCACUCUGCGCCAACCCUGUACUGAUAGUACCUUUCCAGUAUGAUAUUGUGAUGUUUCAUACAAUGCAGUGAACAUAACCAACUUGUUACCUAAAUAAAGAAUUGAUAAAAACA